AAGUCAGCUCUGUAUUCACUAUUCAGUCGAAAAAAAAUAACGAAUAAAGUUAAUAUAUGUCAGAAUGACAGAAUCUGUUAGUAGUUAAUUUCAUUUAAAAUAUUUAAUGUUUACAAUAAUAAUACAUCAUCAUCAUCAUUUAUUUAUUUGAACUAAAAAGUAAAACAUACUAAUUCCUAACAUUUUGCUUUAGUCAGCAUAAUUUGUACCUUAAGUAUAAACGUCAACACAAAAUUCAGUACUUUUAUUGAAUAUUUAUUAUGAAAAUUAAUUACUUGCUAUUGGCCGCAUGAACUUGUGUAAUAUUGUCCUACUCCCUUGCAAAAAUGGAGGACACAAAAUUAUUAUAACCAAAUUUGGGAAAUUUUCUAGAUUUUUACAUACUAAUACGGUUGAAAAUAAAAUCUUCAAUCAAGUGACAAAAUAAUGGAGUUGGAAAAAAGAUAUACAAUUAAUAUUUUAUGUCAAUUGAAAAACGGAUAUUUCAUAGUUGUAGAAAAAUUUUGUAAUAAUGCAUCACCUUAUUUUAUGCAGUAUCAUAAAGAGCUGUUAACAUUUAACGACGAAGACUGCGAUGAAUGGUUUUUGAACAUGAACUUUCCUCAGAUUGAAACUGGGAAGGCAAUCAUUUCCAAAAAAAAAAAUCAUAAUAAAUGGGUGCGAAGCAUUAUUUCAAAUCCGAAUGGACCCGAGUUAUAUUUAAUUGACACACAGAGAUUAACGGAUUGUCGUGAAGAACUCGAAUUAAGAGUAUGCCAUCCGAAGUUUUUACAACUAAAACUUCCCACUUAUUAUAUUGAUCUAGACUUAUGUAAUAAUAAUGACAGAAUUAGGACUAUGAUAAACAUGUUAAUCAAUAAAAAUCAACAUGGUGAAAUAAGUUUCGGUUUUGUUCCACAUAGUAUUGACGACAAUAUUUAUAAAGGUGAACUAUUCGUCUACGAAGAAAAUAACAAAUCGUUUAUACCAUUUAAAAAAAUGUAUAAAUCAUUCUACUCAAAGUCAAACUCUAAAGAUAAUCUAAAAAUUUUUGAUCCGAUGCAGUAUGCACAUAUGGUACCUAUUUUUGCUCCUAGAGAUCACAAUACAACAGAUGUUUUCGAAGGAAAUUUAGUUUCCAGUUAUUUCGAUAUAUAUAAUAUUAAUUUAAGUGAUAAUUCAUCCUUUAAUCGUUUAAUACCUAAACAGUUCUUAAACGAAUAUAAUUAUAAAGAUGACAGUGAAAAGUUUCAUGAAACGGACGACUUGAUACCAAUCGCUAAACAAAAAGUAUAUUCCUCAUCAAAUUAUUCAUCUAAUAGUACAGAACAUCAAAGUGCUGUUUCAAGCACUAGCUCUAGUUCUAGUCAAAUAAUGAAGUCUCCCCAUAGCUCUGAUAACCUCAAUAGGAAUGCAUCAAGCUCAGCAAAUUUUAUUGGCAUCGAAUCAGCAAUAAGCAAUAUAGACACAUCAAAAAAAGAAUUAAGCAAUAUAACGACGAAUAGUUCAUCUAGUUCUCUUGCAAGUAAUUAUAGUCGAUGUUCGAUGCAUUCAUUGGUUCGUGACUCUAGAAGAAGAAAAUUUCAAGAAAAUUCCAAAAAUCUUCCAGUACCUCAAGAAUUAGAGGAAAAAUUAAAACAACUUUCAAUAAACGACGAAUUCAAUGUAUGGUGGUCGUCUGAUGAAGAGUAGAUUUUUGUUUUUAUUUUAUACCUAACCAUUGAUUAUGUUUCAUUUUAUAUUUUAUGACUACUCAUUAUUAUUUUUUUUUUGUCAUAACAUGUGUUUUUGUUUAAUUAAAAAUUAUAAUUCGA